AUGUCAAAAGCAGAAGCUGUCUUGUUCCUGCUCUGGUGGCUGUUUGGCGGGCCGUGCACGGAUGAUGCAAAUGGAGUGAACUACAGAGGGGAUUUAUCUGUAACAUUGAGCGGUAAAACAUGCCUACCUUGGACAUUUCAUGAAAAAAGGGCGACACCCACCAAUUAUCCAGAUAGAGGUCUUGGAGACCACAACCACUGCAGAAACCCGGACGAUUCCUUCACUGCAUGGUGUUACGUUAGCGAAACCGAUGGCCAAUGGGAAUAUUGUGCCAUUGGUGAUUUCAGUCCCAGUUGCAACACAGAUCCCGGAUGCUACAAAUACACCAGUGGUAAGGAUUACCGUGGAAACGUCUCCAUAACAAGGAACGGACGCGAAUGCCAGGCCUGGACUUCCCAGAAACUGUUUCGACACUGGUCCACUCCUGAGAAAUACCCAAACGCUGGCCUGGGGGACCACAACUAUUGCCGUAAUCCUGGAAAUGAACAUUUCGCGUGGUGCUUCACUGCCGAUGUUACUACUCGCUGGGAGUUUUGUAACAUCGGGUUGCCAUCGUUUGAUGAGGAAUGUUGA